GAAGGAAUGAGAGCCAGUGAAGGAAGAUGGCGGGGAGAGGUGGGGUGCACGGCGCGUCCUCCCCUUCGUGUGUGUCUAGGAGCUUAGAUAGAACACUUUCAGACGCGCAGGACACGUGUGAACUCAAACUAAGUGGCCGCAAGUUAAAGGAUUACCCGAAGGCUGCCGCUAAGUACAACCUGAGCGACACAGUUUUGGCAGAUUUAUCCCGGAACCGUUUGAGUGAAGUCCCAGCCGAGGUGACAGAAUACCGCUCGUUAGAGACUUUGAACCUAUACCAGAAUGUGAUCAAGCACCUUCCAGACUCCCUCGCCUCCCUGCAGGGCCUCACGCAUCUCAAUCUGAGUCGAAACCAGCUGUCAGUCAUCCCAUCUGUGGUAUGUGAACUGGCGGGUCUGCGGGUGCUGGAUGUGUCUGGGAACCGUCUGGUGAGUCUGCCGGAAGAGCUGGGCCGCCUUCACAGCCUCAUGCAGCUGGACGCCUCAUACAACCAGCUGGCCCACCUCCCCCCGGCCCUUGGUGAGCUGGAUGGCCUUAGAAGCUUGAAUCUGCGGAGGAACCAAUUACAAACGCUGCCCCCUGAGCCGUGUUUCCUGCGGCUAGUGUUCCUGGACCUCAGCGGGAACAGAAUAUCAACGCUGCCCACCGAAUUGAGGUUCAUGAGCACUCUUGUCACUCUGGCCCUGGACAACAACCCCCUACAGAACCCCCCCCUUCAGCUGUGCACAAGGGGCCGAGUGCACAUCUUCAAGUGGCUGGAGAUGGUAGCGGCCAAGGAGGACAAGAAGCGAGGCAUUCUUUCCACUGAGUCAGAGUUCAGGAAAACACAGGCACAACUUCGCAAGGUUUCCUCCACCUCCUGUACUGAUUUCAGAUUGGUAAAUGGUUUCUUUGAGCCUCGGCACAGCAAACGCAGCACGGUGGACAGCGGGUACAGCACGUGUGACAGUGUGGAUCAGCGGUGGUCACAGGAGAGCCAUGAGAGUGCGGAGUAUGAUGAGUCUCGGAAGCUUGCGAUGAGGGCAGCGGCAUGUACCAAGGAGCAGAGGCAGGAACGGGGACGAGGGGGGGCUGGGGGCAGUGUGCGACCCCUCAAUGGCCUCCCUAACGGUGAUGUAGGGGGCAUCAAUGGGGGUGACCACACGACUGUCACCACCACCACCACCCCCAGCGCCCUGUCCACCCCCAGCACACUCAGCCCUGGCGAUGGUUUCAAUCUCGAGGAUGAGUUUAAUAAGGCACUGAAGCUAAGGCAAGACUAUGAGAAUAUCUUCCCAGGUGACCACUCCUCAUCAGGCAAGGACAGCCAGGGCCACAGUGGUGCUGGCUGGGGUGCUGGCAGCGGCAGCAGUAGCAGCAGCAACAGCAGCACCAACAACCACAGCAGCAGCAACGGGUCCCUGGGGCUGCGUCACCCCCCAGAGGCUCCCCACCCUCAUAACCCUGACCCUGGGGGGGGCUUCCUCCUCCCCCACACCCACCCUACCCCCCACCACCCCCACGUCCACAUCCCCACCUACAGAGAGUAUGUGGAGGCCAAGUUGCAGAGACGCGCACUGGAGAGCAACAACAUUUACCGGCGGCAGGGAAGCGAUGGUACGGCGCCGGCCACAGAGAACGGCACUCAUAGGUCUGCCGAGAGUCUGGCCACUCGGACAGACCACCUUGGCUCUCACCCAUCGCGGCCAGGCCCUAUUGGAGCCGCCAAAUCUUGCAAUGGUUCUCGUGUCAGUCCAAGCAAAGGGUCAUCGUCUCCUAACUCCCCCAACGCAAGCUUCGACUCCGGUGAUAGCGCCCCCUCCUUCCCCUCCGGAGCACCCCCUUCCAUCACCACCUCCCUCCACCACACCACCACAUCACAGCACCCCACCACAGCCGCUACCACCACCUCACACCCACCACACUACUCAUCUAGUCCGUACUCCAACAAUCUUUACCACUCGUCCCCCCACCAUGGCUCCAGAGGGGGUGGGGGAGGGAGUGCCCCCACCACGGCAAAGACCAAUGCCGCCCCCACCACCACCACAGCCACCACCGUCAAGACUCGGAAGAGGAGUGGGGGAGGGAGACCGUUUGACCCUGAUGCUGCCCACCUCAGCUUCACCUACAGGAGAGAGCUGGAGAAACAACAACAUGAGAAGCAACUGGUGGAGAACCUUAGAAAUAUCAUUGAGACUCGGCUGAAAGUGUCCCUGCCAGCCGACAUCUCCUCAGCGCUCAUGGAUGGCGUUGUGCUCUGCCACCUGGCCAACCACGUGCGUCCCAGAUCUGUGUCCUCCAUCCACGUUCCCUCCCCUGCUGUGCCAAAAUUGACGAUAGCAAAGUGUCGACUCAACGUGGAAAAUUUUCUGGAAGCUUGUCGGAAGAUUGGAGUGGAAAAUGACUACACAUGCACAGCUCAUGAUAUUUUGGAAGAGCGAGGAACCGUGCGUGUUGCCAUCACAGUGGAGAGACUGCUACAGUUUUACCAAGGCCGCCACACCCCCCUGUCUCCCCGCAACCAGACUCCAGUAUGAUGGACCCCUCCCUCCCCUCCUCCCUCUCCCCAGUACUGCCCAGUAUGGCCACAGCCAACAGUUUCUGGAAUACUUAACAGACACUAUCUUGCAUCUUCCAUUAUUCAUUAAGGUUGCACCACACAGGUAAGUUCUUGUCCCCACCAUCCCGCUGGUGGUGAGGCAUCUGGUACCUUGUCCCCGUGUUUCAGAAGGAUUCCUCCCUGUGGCCUGCUGGGGUACUGGGGGUUUUGGAGAACUCGUGCUUCCUUUGCUUCCCCUUCCAAGCCAAAGGCUAUUGUUUUUUAUUCAAUCAUCCUCAGCCAACAGACUGUGCUGUUUGUGAGCUGUGAAUUUGUCAUACAUCAUUGCUUGUAUGUAUUUUUAUUCAUUCUUUUACAUUUCAUUCACCAUAAUUCAUUUUGCUCAUGUCUCUUAUCAUUCCUAAUUUAGGUUUUAUACUGCUGACCAUGGCACGUGUGUGUGUGUGUGUGUGUGUGUGUGUGUGUGUGUGUGUGUGUGUGUGUGUGUGUGUGUGUGUGUGUGUGUACGUGUACUUGUCAGGUGUUCCUUUAGUCAUGUUUUAUAUCUUCAUCUGGAUCUGGCAGUCCUGGCAUCGUACUUACACUCUGAACACAUCCACUUGUGUUGAAGAAAGACCUGCCAGUCUUUCUGUCCCCCUUGUUAAGUUUAUUGAAAAGUUGAUCCAUCUUACCCAGUGUGAGCAACUAGAGGACUUUCCUGCUUAUAUCAGCACCUCCGUGUGGUGUACUUUUAAAUUUUUAUACGUACAGACAUGACAUGACAAAGAUCUCUAGUUGUCUCCCUCCCUUCCAGUGAUGCUCUCUUUGCAAUAUUUGACUCGUGCAGUAUUGUUUUUUGUUGCUGCUUCUCCGUUUUCUUUUAAAAUUUUAAAUGUUUGUAGUGAUAAAAGGGGUAAAAACAACUUUUUAAUACAUGACAAUGCUAAUUGUAAGUUUUUUAAAAUUCAGACCAAUGUAGCUUGUGAAUCAGUUAUGUGUGCAAUAUGGAGUCAAGCCUCUUGGUGUCACGACUGAAGCCAAACGUUGUAUGUCCCAGCAAUUAUUCAGCCAUGGUUACGUGAACAUUUAUAUACCACCACCUUUGUAACCUCUAUGCAGGAAUGCCUACUGAUGUUUUCCUGGUAACAGAAUUGUACCUUUAAUAGUAAUGCUGAUUAAAAGGUUCUCUGCUAAAAGAUUAUGGAACAUUCUUGAUUAUUUAUUAUUUUUACGUUUUAAAAAUUGCAACCUGAACAAUGAUUCCAGUGUUCAAGUCAUGAAGAAUUAUGACAUACAGGAAGCACAUAAUGCUGUAAUGCUUGGUUAUCAUUUGUAAUACAUAAUUCUCCAUUCACAAACUACAGCAUACUUAUGUAGAGGUUUCCUUCCUGAUGAGGUACAGAUGAUAAUGAGUGGUGGGAGUGAUCAAAGAACAAUAUUAUGUAUUUCUGGCACAACUUGCAGGCUAGAAAGUGAGACUCCACCAGUGUGCCUGCAGGCCUAAUUACACAGAUUCUGAUCUGAUCCUAUGACAGGUGACACAUGGGAGUUGUCGUUGGCAGAAUUUGUCUCUUUCUCCCCCCUUCCCCGUGUCACUCUCUCUCUCUCUCUCUCUCUCUCUCUCUCUCUCUCUCUCUCUCUCUCUCUCUCUCUCUCUCUCUCUCUCUCUCUCUCUCUCUCUCUCUCUCAUCUUGUCGUCUUUCUUAUUUGUUUGUCCUAGAGCAUAGUAGGAAACAACUACAUUAAAGAUUCACAGUCGGUUCCUUCCAUGAAUAUUAGAAGUGUGUUGCCAGUCAUAGGAAGUGGGUCAGAAUCUAACAAUAGGAAAUUAUAAGAUGCAACUUCCAGGAUACAUUAAAAAAAAAAAAAAAAAAAAAAAGUGAGUAACUAUUUAUUUACUAAGGCUAAUUUUCUGAAAACAGACCCAAAUAAUUCUGUUAGAACUAAGACCCAAAUAAUUCUGUUAGAACUAAUAAACACAUACUUUGAAUAUUCUUAAUGGAGCAAAUUGCAAAAUUGUACUGAUGCUUAUCUAUAGUUUAGUGUGGUGCUAUGUAAAGGUAAGUUAGUUUACAUUACUCUGUAGUACUUAGGAUUUUGCUAAUUGAACAUUCCUUGGCCAGCUUUGAUUCUAUAUAAUGCAAUGAAACGUCUAUUUUGAUAUAGCCGAAUGUGUGGUAAGUGUGAUUCCAGCACUGAGAUGUUGUAUGCUGCUAUUCCUGCCAGUCCUCUCAAGAAAAAUUACGUCAUUUGCCAGAAUACAUCAGUAAUACCUGUGGCUUACUUAGUACACUAAAAAUUUCACUGGAGACAUGUGAAUAAUUCUUACUUAACUACUUAAAUGAUAUAUGGAUACCUAUCCUUGCUUUCAUGAUAUAAAGGAAUUUUUUGGGUCAGUUUUCUGUAAAUGUACCAAUGAAGUUAUGUACAAAUAAAUAAUUGCUUACGUAUGAACUGAUAAACCUCGUACAUUAAUACUCUUGCGGCAAAGAAUAAGGAAAGGGGCCAGUGUAGCUAUGGACCCAAGAGGCCAGCGAGCCAGUCUGUAGUGAGAGGCUUGACUGCACAAAGUGAAGAUGCAUCACCAGUGUGGCCGACGACCCCACAUUCUACCAGCCAUGUGAGGAACGUGACCAAGCAUCUCCUUUAAGAGCAAAUAGUGAGUCAUGAGCAUCAUCACCACCACCACCAUGCCUCACUGUGCCAGGAAGUGUAGUGUCAUUGGAGCCACACCAGCGAUGAGGUGCCUGCAGGGACUGGAGGGUUACUGAAGGGAAGAUUUUUGUGCCGAAGAAAAUAACGUUUAUAGAAAGCUUUACUUUGUAUAUUUUGUUUGUACAUUGAGGAAUCAAAGUAUUACUCUACAUUCAGCUCAAUUCCCAAUUAACAAGUUACUCCCUUGUAGGCGAUGCUGUGUCUGUCUGUAGAUGAAUGUACAUAAGAAUAAAUAUUCACCAAAGAGA